GACCUCCCUAGCAACCCCGCACCUGGGCAGCCUUCCCCGCUAACACCGACUGGGGCCUCUCCUGACGGCAGCUCCCGGGAUGGGCUGGCAGGGAGUGCUGCUCUCGGGGGAUCACACAGCGCUCUGGCAGGGCAAGGGAUCCCUCCCAGCCCCUUCCAACCCGGCCCGUGACACUUCAGGACGGGGCAGCGCUGAGGGGAACAAACCCAUCCCUGAGGUACCGGACGCAGCUCCCCAGCGCACUCCUCCCCUCAGCCCCCUUCCCCCGGCCCUGUGAGGCUGGGGCGGCUCGGCACAACCCCUCCGGGCCCUGAGGAGGCGGCACUCACCACGGCGGCGGUGGUGAGGACGCAGGCGGUGGUGUAGGCCCUGGUGACGGGCGGGACCUGCAGGUACUCCUGCCGGAAGGUCUGGUACGCCAUCUUGCCGCCCCCAGCCCCGCCCCGCCCGCCCCGCGAUCCCAUUGGACGAGCAGGCCCGCGCUCACUCCGGAUUUGCCCCGCCCCUCCGGAAUCCGCGGCGCUCGGUGAUUGGGCGGUGCCUCUGCCUCGCCGACGCUGAUUGGCUGCCGCCCUGAGGGGAGUUGGAACGAGGCGGGAAGCGGCUGAGGGAGCGCGGCGGACGCGGAGCUCGGGCUCCGGUACCAGCCCGGUACCAGCUCGGUACCAGCCCGGUUACCGGUACAGAGCUGCGGCAGGAAGGGCUUCGGGGCCUCGGACCCGUCUUUCUCGCUGCCUGUUCCUUCCUGGCUUCCUCCCGCCACCAUGUCUGUGGAUCCCAUGGCGUACGAGGCGCAGUUCUUCGGCUUCACCCCCCAGACCUGCAUGCUGCGCGUUUACAUCGCCUUCCAGGAUUACCUCUUCGAAGUGAUGCUGGUGGUGGAGGGCGUCAUCCUGAAGAAACUGGACGGGAUUCCAGGCUGCAAGAUCAGCCCCUUCCAGAUCCGAAAGAGCACGGAGAAAUUCCUUCUCUUCCUGAAGGACCACUUCGACAAACUCUUCAGCAAAAUGGAACAAGUGCUUUUGCAGCUGGUGUUAAACAUCCCGAAGAACGUGCUCCUUCCCGAGGACAAGGUCCACCAGCAGUAUCCCUGCAGCAAAGAGGAAUUCCAGGCGCUGCAGGCUGAGAUCCAGCAGCUCCAAGAGCAGUGCAGGGCUGAGGUAUCCGCGGGGCAGGCGCUGAGGGCAGAGCUGGAGGAGCAGAAAGCUGUUCGGGCUGAGCUGGAGAAGGUUCUGCAAUGGUUCGAUGGGCUGGAGAAUGCCUGCAGGGAGCACGGGACCAGAGACUUCAAAGAAAGCUUCGCAUUCCUGCUGAAGAACUCCAGGAAGCUGCGAGAUGUGCUGAGAGAGGUGGAAGAGAAAAGCCAAAAAAAUGAGAAGGCUUGAUGGGUUAUUGUAAAUGAAGUGCUUGAGAAGGCAACAGAAGCUGUUCAGCCGCUGUGCUUUAAGUGUUAGGGGCUUCUCUUCCCCAGAGUGUGUGCUCUGGGUGGGCACUCCUCUAACUCUACCAGGAUCUGGAGAGCAGGGAGAGGAAACAGCCUGGAAAACGUCAGACUGUAGUGGAGUAGAACUGGUGGUGUAGAAUAAAGUUUGGAUUGGAAUAGACCUUCUGGGCCUUCUGAACUUCGACUUUGAUCAUUAGGUUGCUUUAUAAAUAUAUAUACACACACACACACACAUAUAUCCAUAUAUAUAUACAUGUAUGUAGGGUUUUUUAAUCUGGUUCUCUAGUGGUCUUUUUGUACUAAAUAGCAAAGUUAAUUUUAUUCAUGUUUAAUCAGAUCUUCCCAUACAAAUGUGAAGACUGAUCUGUUUGAGUUCCUUGAAGCCAGCUGAGCUGCUUCUGGCUUUAUUUGCCUCAAGAUUCAUUACAGCCUCUUCCUUUCCCCCUUGGCCUCAGCAGGCUUGGAGUCCCCUGCACAGCCAGACCACGGAGCAGCAGUGCCACCUUCUCCUUUAGUAGCAGAGGUGUUUGAAAGAGAUUAAACU